AGCGCCGUCCACCGCCUUCUCAAAAGAAGUCGAAUCCUCUACGAUUAGUUUCAAAACCGCAGUUUCAAGAUUACUCGAAACCACUCAAAAUCGGGAGCUCUUCUUUUGAUUCGAUGGAGGUUGACUCGAGAGGAGAACAUAUCCCUGAAGCUGUACCUCUAAUGGCGUCAUCUCAAGUCAAGAUUCAAAAUAACCAGGAAUUAAAAAGUAUUUAGCCACCGGAGGAAACUUGGGUUGAUCGAAUCUUGCCGGAGGUUUCGGUGAGCGAGGCAUCUGCUGAGGCGCCGCCUAAUUUGCCAGUGCAACUGUCUCAAUUCAAUUAUGAACGCAUCUCUUCAUUCAGUAAUGUGGUUGGUGGAGCGACUAGAGAGGAGGCAAUCGAUUGCCUUAAACUCUGCAAUUGGGAUGUAGACCGAGCCGUCGGCUUUUAUAUGGACAGGUUCUCAAAGGCAAUCGCUAUGAGUUCGAAGGAUAACAGAGGGCUGCCUCUUCCAUCUAUCGAAUUACCUUCACAAUCACAGUUUCAGGCUUCACUUGGUUACUUUACAGAUGGAAGCACUUCUAGUUUGAUGGAGGUUGAUCGGACAGAGUCAGAAAGGUCACUCCAAGAGGCAGGUGAAGAAAACCCCGUAUUACAUGGGUUCUCAGAGCAUGAAAUGUCAGCAGAAAUAGCUAUGAGUUUGAAGGAGAACAGAGAGCUGCCUCUUCCAUCCAUCGAAUUACCUUCACAAUCGCAGUUUCAGGCUUCACUUGGUUACUUGAAAGAAGGAAGCACUUCUAGUUUGAUGGAGGUUGAUCCGACCAAGUCAGAAAGGUCACUCGAAGAGGCUGGUAAAGAAAACGCCGCAGUAGCUAUUCUUGGAAAGGCGUCGUCUCAAGUGGAUGGUGAGGGUGUGGAGAAAGACUCAAGCAUGGAGACAUUCCCUGAUCAUGUUGCUUACCAAGACAUGAUUGUUGUGGGGCCUCAAGCUGCGGGGAGUACUAUUACAAUAACUAUCAUCUUGGCCAAUGGGCGAUUGGUAAAUAUUCCUUUUAGAUCAAACCAAACCGUCAGAGACAUCCGUGAUGCCAUUGACGAGCUAACACCAGAUGACGACAAAGACUACUUUUUGCGAUCAGGGGCUGAAGUAGAUUACAUGGAUCCGGAUAUUACUGUACACGAAAUAUCUACUGGUGAUACAACUCUCCUCCAGAUCUACCUGUAGCUUUGGUUUUUGUACAGUUUCCAUUGAUUGAUGAAACAUAUAGAGAAAGGGAGAGAUGUAUAUGACUUUAGAAAGGAUUAUUGCCUUGUAUAGAAAGGAAAAAAUAGAACAGAGCAGCUUUAUACUUGUUAUGAGAUAUAGGAAUGGAUAAAGAGAGUUUUCUUAUAGUUUUUUUAUUCUGUAUAGUAUGAAUCGAUUAAUGAAACAUAGAGAUUUGAAACA